AACGGAACGGCGCAUUUGCGGCUUUCGGCGCCGCUCGCGUCAUCGUCGCCGUCGCCGUCGGUGCCUAUCGACUAUUCACGCGCAUCUCGUCGCGCCCGCUCGUGCCGCCGGGGAGCAGCGUAAUUUUCCUGUUUUGACGCACCGUCGCCGUGUGGUGCGUGUCGACAAUGGAGAUGCAGCGGCAGUACAAAGCAACCUCCGCUAUUGGAGAUGCCUCAAAGAGUCAAACUCCGCCAACGCUUCUCUCAAGUUUGAGGAGUGUACUCUUCGUUAUCGGAACUGUAGUGAUCGGAUUUGCCGCCUUCUGCAAUUCCCUGACAUGGCAUUUACAAAAAUUCUGGGGUGCAUCUGGUGAUUUUUGGCAAGCUCAAUGGGAUAAGAUUUUAGAUAAAUUUGGAGAUGAUCCUGUCACAUUGUGGGUUUAUGGAUCUUUAGUAUUGACGAUCGCUGUUUACUGGAUCGUCGGUGGAAUUUACACUAUUUUAGACAUCACCAAUCGGCCGGCGGCAGUGCGUAGAUACAAAAUACAGCCCGGCACGAACGAACCAGUGAACAAGAGGAAGUUAUGCAAAGUGAUCGCUCAAGUACUGUUCAAUCAGAUCGUCGUCGGUUUACCUAUUAUGUAUCUCGCCUAUUAUUUCAUGGAAUGGCGCGGUUACCCUCCGGUGCGCGAGCUACCGACCUUCCACUGGGUGCUCGCUGAAAUCGCGAUUCACAUAUUAUGCGAGGAGAUUGGCUUUUAUUACUCGCACAGAUUUCUUCACAAGGGUUUCCUAUACAAAUAUAUACAUAAGCAGCAUCAUGAAUGGACUGCGCCUAUAGCUGUCACUGCUUUAUAUUGUCAUCCUUUGGAAAAUAUUGGCUCAAAUCUACUUCCUCCCUUCUUGGGUGUCGUUAUCAUGGGUUCCCAUGUAGCCACCGCCUGGAUUUGGUUCUCACUUGCAAUUCUUUCGACAUUGAAUGCACAUUCAGGCUAUCAUCUACCAUUCUUCCCAUCACCGGAAGCGCACGACUUUCAUCACUUAAAGUUCAAUCAGUGUUACGGUGUGCUCGGCGUUUUAGAUCGCAUUCAUGGUACUGACACGCAAUUCCGUAAUUCGCGGAAUUACGCGCGUCACGUAAUGAUGCUAAGUCUCAUACCACCCAGAGAGGCUUUCCCGGAUGAGGCAAAAUACAAGCCAAAAUAAAUCUUGGGACCCUUCGGUGACUCUGUAUGAAAGUCAUCAAAAAGCAAUCUCCGAAGAAAAAAAAAUUAUUCACGCCUUAGAUGCAAUAUUUUCGUAGCGGCGAUCGAAUUCGGAAAUAACAAAUCGUGAAUAUGAUCGAUUUUAUUUGGUUGAUACGAUUGGCAAACUUUCUCGAUAAAAAAAUGAAUUAGUUUUAAUAAAUACAUAAUUCUCAAUUAAUCUGUAGUUAGUAGUUUUUCGAUGGGAGAAUUAAUAAUAAUCGAAUCUACUUUUAUUUUUGUAUCACUUUUGUGAUUCUUAUUGAAAAUGAAUUUCGUAUUUCUGAAUAUUGACAUAAUCAUUUCUCUCAAAUUAAUAUUUUUUAAUACUUUGUUUAUUUUAGCAUCAAAGAUUGAAAGAAUUUUAUAUCCUUUUGGAAUUUAUUCAAUAUACGUAUUAUGUAUGUAGUGUUAUAUAAUAAUAUUUAACUUACUGGUUAAAGGAUUGUCAUGAAAGAAAUUCGGCUAUCCGCUCACUGAUCUAGUGAUAAUAAUUGUAUAUAUAAAUGCCAUUCAAGGUUGGACUGAAUAGAGAAAAUAGCGAGAAAAUUCUGGAGAAGUUGGGAUAUGAAAAUUUACACUUCUAAAAUAUUAACAAAAAGAUAAAGUUAUUAAUAAAACUUUAGAUAGCAAAGCUUCUUCUAUUUAUAUGGAAGAAACAAAAUAAAUAAAUUUUGUAUUAUCUAAAUGUUUGUGAGAUUAAUUAAUAAUAUAGGCAUCUUUAAUACUCUCAAUUUCCGAAUUUAUAUACCUCAUUUAUGUAUGUAUAAAUUGUAUGUAUUUUAUUUAUAUAUACAAUUGUAUGUAUAAAUAAAUGUAUUAUACAUAUACAAAUAUAUUAUAUUAUACAUACAAUUGUAUGUAUACUAUAAAUUUGACUGAAAUCGUGUUUUCAAAUUUAUAUAUGACAAAUAUGAGGUUUUCUGAUAUUUGUAAUAUUAUUUCUCGAAUUUUUCUUUCAGUUCGACCUUGGCACCAUUCGUACUUUUCUAUAAUAAUUGUAGUAUUAAUAUUAAAAAUGUAUAUUGUAUUUAAGCUGUAUAUUCUGCACAAGUUCUUACAUUACAUUUAAUAGGGUUAUAUUUUAACAAUUGAUGGACAGUUGGAUUUCUAAAAAUUAGCAUAUUUCUUCACUUUUGAAGCUUUUUCGAUAUGAUAAAAGUUGAUAAAUUAAUUUUUUUGGAGAUAAUGAAAGAAAAUAAAAUUAAAAAAAUGCAUAAAAUGUUUGUUAUUAUUCUUUUUUUUUAUAUACUUUCAAUACUUUCAAGUAUAUUGGUAUCAUAAUGAAAAUUUCAGGAUAAAUAAUAUUAUGAUAUGAGAAAUUACUAUUUUUAUAUUUAGUUUCUUAGCCCAGACAUUAGCUUGACUUAGGUUUAAUCCAAAUCAAGAUCUAAAUAACUGUACUUCUUUAAGAUAAGUAUAACUUUUACUAGAAUAUUAGAAAGAGUUUAGCAAUUCAAAUUUCUCCUUAUACUGAGGAUAAAAUAUAUACUAUAUUGAUUAUACAUAUAUAAAGAUAGACGCACAUAUAUAUUAAUACCAAUAAUUUUAUCUGAUAAUAAAUCUUUAUUAUAAAACGUUUCCAAGACAUUCUGUAUUUUGAGAAAGAAUGCUAUAUGUUAAAACUGGAUCAAAAACGUAAACAUAUAUUUUUGUCUUAUUUUGCUAACUAUAACGAUUUUAAAUUGUGUUUUACAAUGUUUUAUCGCGAUAUUCUUAAAGAUAUUAGGAUUUAGAGGAAACUGAAUAUAGAGCUAUUACUUUAGUCAAGUUAGAUCACUGAAGAUAAGAAUAAUAAGAAAUAAAUCGAAGAUUAAUAUUUGUGCAGAUAUGUAACAUGUGAAUAUACAGAAUAUUAAUAAAUUGAUGUUAACAGUGCGGAAAUAAGUCAGAGCUAAUCACUUUUUGUUAAUGACAUCAAUUCAUUAACAUUCUGUAAAAUUCUCUUCUGCAUUGUGAUUUUCGUCGAGUAUAAGGCUCGUAAUUAACAUAUACUACUAACAUUAUUGAAUUUAUGUAUCUAUAUGAUAAACUUAUUAAUAAAAUCUU